AACCCUUUCUUCUGGUCUUUAACUCGUUGAUCAGAUAAUAGAGAACAACUCAAAGACUUUUAAAAAUGCUGUGGAUCUCAUGGGUCCCAACUGCAUCUCUCCUGCUUCUCCUGUGCUUCCCUGGCCAGAACGGUGAAGAAAAUGAACAGUCAACAGACACAAUCAGUGUUUGGGAAGGAGACUCCAUCAACAUAAUUUGCUCAAUGGGAGAUUCAGAGAAUGAACUGGUAACCACCUUGACAACUAGCAUACGGCUGGAGAAUGUGAUACAGGUUUCCAAGCAGGGUCCUCCCUACAUCCAUCCUGCUCUGGCUAAUCGUACCGAGUACUCAAAGGAUGGAAGGAAUCUCAGGGUAACUCUACACAAUGCACAGGAAUCUGAUUCUGAUAUCUACCAGUGCUUUACAUUUCUUAAACCCACAAGCUAUCACAAAAAGCUGAGGGGGAAGACAACCAUAGUCCUGGUGAAAGGUAACACCAGUGGAGCUGUGGAACAGUCACCACUCUACGUGGAUGCUGAGCAAGGCCAGUCUGUCAGCAUCACCUGUGCACUGCAAAACUCGCAGGAAGACAAGGGGAUCUACUUGCUCAAGACUCACAUGCAACGUGAGCAAGUGCUGUUUGUGUCAGGCCAGAAUGUUUCAACUGUUUCUCCUGCUUUUGCUGAUCGUUUGGAGUAUUCAAAGGGAGAAAAUAAAAUAGUGGUGACUCUACACAACCUGCAGAAAAACGACAGUGAUAUCUAUGUGUGUGCUGGGGUGCUGAAAGGUUCCCGUUUCCUCUCGGCAAACAGAAGUGGCACCAUGAUGCUGGUUAAAGAAGUGAAGCAGACAGGCUGUAGCAGCAGUUCCUGGGGCAUCUAUGGCCUUACCAUCAUGGUGGUGAUACUGUUUUCUGCACUGAUGUGCUCCAUCUUGUCCCGUGUCAAUUUGAAGCAAUGUUUCAAAAACAAGAGAAGAAAUGAAGUAUAUGAAGAUAUGUCUUACAGUUCUAGACGUAACACCUUGGUCAGAGCCAACGCUUACAGCUGUUGAAAUUAAGGUUCUGCCAGCUGGGACCUUGAGAUCAACCAUUCCUUUACUGGUUUCUCUGAAAGUCACCUUAGCAUCUUGAUGCAGUAGCUGAUCUGAAAAUGUUACCCCCUGCCUUCUUCAGUGGAAAGAAAAACCCGCCUCAUUUCCAAAGCUGUUUCUGAUUUUUGAUCACUUGUAAUUUUAUUCUUUUUCUUUUUUAAAUGUAUAGAAAAUGUAGAGAGCUGCAGGUACCCUGUUUAGGGUAGUUUAGCACCUGUUUGUUUAGUAUGGAAAGCAGUAUUUUUGGACUAUAUAUUUGGAUAGAUGCAACAUAGGGGCUCAUUUUGUGAGCAACAGAACAACAUAUGGGCUCACUUUCCCUUUCAGGGAAGGUGGGCUAGGUGGGGAGGUCUGAUUCUGAGCUUUGGUAAAUGCUCAGGAAGACCUAAUAUGUUCAAUAAUAUCAUAGAAUCAUAGAAUCAGUAAGGUUGGAAUGGACUCUAAAGAUCAUCAAGUUUCAACCCUCCUGCCAUGAGCAAUAAAUCUCCAUAAGCAUGGAUUACAGUUCUCUUAUGAAUCUUCUUGUGUCUGCUCCAGAGCUCAGGGAGCUAAAACUGCUCAAGAUUUACAGCAAAGAAAUCUAUUCUGAAGAGACUUCAGAAAUGUGGCAGACUGCACAGUGCCACAGAUGUCAUAGCUGUCCCACAAAAAUGCUGCCAAGUCUAGAUUAUAAAUUACUGCCCUUGUCAGAGAUACUGACAGGAUUGGUGUGGGUCUUGAUGUGGCUCACCUGCAAAAUGGCUGGACUUGGGGCACGAUGGCUUUGUGGAACAGCAGAAAUAUUUGUGCCAUGCUGGUGUUGUCUCAAACUCCAGAUGUCUUACAGGACACAGCAGAACGCAUUUCUCCAGGUCAGUGACUCCACACUGUGCAGGGCAAGGUGAGCUCAUCUGGGCUAAAGCCAGUGCCUGCAUUCUAGCGUGGGCAGGGGUGAAGCUGAUCCAAAAUCACUUAAGGGAAUUUGUCAAAACUCAUAUUAAUCAAGUAGAAACCAAACUGGGUUUAGUAAUGGCCUGGAACAGGUUGCUACAAUGAACUUAACUCUUCUCUAGCUAAGGCAGGGCUGUACCUUCCUCCAGAGUUGUUUCUGGCUCUGCAGAGCCAAGCCCACUUGGGAAAGUCAACAAUCUUGUAUGCCCAGAGGAUUAUCAACUCAUCCUGUUGACAAGGUUGGCUUGUGGGGACAGGCUGAGACUAGAAUUUUUCUUUAUUGACAUUUUUUUAUUUAACUUUUUAGGCAUUAGGGCCAGUCUGUUGUUGAGGAGAGCGUGUAGCUGAUCCUCUCUGGCAGUGAGCUCUGCCAGGAUCUCAGUGCCCAGCCCAGCCCACCUCUCAGGAGAGCCCAUUUCCCUCCAGAUGUCCCUGUGCCCCAGGCCCCAGGGAGAAAUAUGCUCGCUCAGGUGCCUGGUGGAGGGAUGUGUUUAUCUUCUGAGCAGAGGGGUGUCUGGUGACUGCAGACCCUGCAAUCUUCACGCAGCUGUACCUGAAUAAAACUGUGAUCAGGGCUUUGUACAGUUGCUCAGUAUUUUUGUACAUGUAUGAAAGACUACCUUGCAAAUGAAUGCUAGUUAUUGAACAGACUGUUUCUUUUAGUAUGAGUUGUUUGUUUUAAAUAGAGUGAUUCCAAGGGUUCUUACGCAAUGCAGUGUAACUUGCUCCUAAUAGCACCUCAAUAAACAACAUAACUGUUUUCUUCUUUAUUUACACAAAUCUA